AUGGAACACCAGAUGCUGGAGACAUUCUGGACCAUUAAUAAGCUGAAGAAGCACCAGCAAGACCAGAGAGUGAAGCUGAACCAGCUGCACCACAGCAACAGUGGCAGGGAAACUCAGAUGCUUGCUCUGAACACUCGCUGGGAUCCUUGGCUGGUGGGGCUCCCCAGACAGAGGAAGAAGGUGAGGCAGCAACUGGGCCAACAGAAGGACAGAUUGUCCCACAUCAACCAGAGCUUGGAAGUUCUGAACAACAAACCCAGGCUUAUGCAGCAGCAGCAGCUAAAACAGAGCCUGCAGCUCCUCAAACACUUGGUGGAGCAGGGCAAAGGAACCACUGUGCCAAAAUUACAGGACUGUGAGGCUGUCCGCAGGUUUGGGUUCAGUAAGGAUGGCAUCUACAGCAUCUUCCUGCCCAGUCUGAAGCAAUUCAAGAGGGUGUUCUGUGUGAUGGACCCCAGUGGAGGAGCCUGGACCGUCAUCCAGCAUCGGGAGAAUGGCACAGUGAAUUUUGUCCGGAACUGGGAGGACUACAAGCAGGGAUUCGGUGACCCAGCUGGGGAGUACUGGCUGGGCAAUGAGGUGGUGCACCAGCUCACCAGCAGCACUAACUACUCCCUGCAUGUGGAGAUGGAAGACUGGGAUGGCAACAAGUUCUCCGCCAACUUUGAGCAUUUUGAAGUUUACAACGAGGAACAGUUUUAUAGAAUUUUUCUGGACAAGGACCACGGUGUGUCAUCUCGCAACGGUCUGCUGAUCCUGGGGAACAACAACUUCAGCACCUGGGAUGCAGAUCAUGACAACUGUGGCUGCAACUGUUCAGAGAUUAUGUCUGGAGGGUGGUGGUUUGACGCCUGUGGCAUGUCUAACCUCAACGGCAUCUACUACGAAGCCGGCCAGCACAAGAGGAAGAUCGAUGGAAUCCGCUGGGACCAUACUCCCAGCCACUCCAUCUCUUCUCUCCGCACCUCCCGCAUGAUGAUGAGACCCUUGCACAGCUAG